CAAAUUCUUCAACCCCAGCAGGUUUUCAAGAACAUUCUGGAAUACAUCGAGCCGCUGCAUUUUUACCGCAUAGUUUUCCUGUUCUGCUCCAGUCAACCGGACGAUGAACGCGCGGUGGAUCGGAGCGACUUGGCGAUCACUGUCCCAUGGUUGUUGCGGGAACUCAACCGCAAACAGCAUCCUGACGACGGCGCCGCGGAAUUUCUCCGUGUCAGCGUGCCAGCUGCUCUUCAGCCAGAAAGCCAUGGGUCUGACGGAGUACGUGGAUGUGCGCGAGAAGACCACGGAGCAAAUGGGCACCAUGAAAGAGCGUUUCAAGCAGAAACUGGACGGAUAUCUGAGCGGCAACUCGGCACCACUCAUCUUAACCGAGGAUCUGAGGAAGAUGUGCUAUGUGGCGGAGGACGAGAAGGAUUUGCAAACGCUAAAGAAAAUGCUGAAAAAAUAUUCGAAGCAGCACACGGAUAAGCGCUUCGCCGCCUUCGCUUUCGGACCGGUUAUCAUGCGCCUCUACCACCAUCUCAAUAAACCCGAUGAAGCCCUGGCCGCCAUUCAAGAUCCCGAAUUGAGGCCGGUGUAUGACCAGCUGACGUCCUACACGGUAGCCAUGGAUCUCCUGUACGAAAACCAGCGCUACGCCGACGUCCUGACGCUGUACAAGAUCAUGCUGGAGCGGCCCUUCAUCGGCAAUUCCCGGACUAUGUUCCGCAUCAACCUGACGCUGGCCUGUGCCGCCGGCUAUCAACUGGGUACACCGGCAGCUCACAAAACCGUCAUGGACUUGGUCAAACGCGCCAUCGACCGGCAAGCACUGCUUAUGCGACGCGCGGUGGCGUUUGCGGCGGCGUUAGCUCUGAAAAAUAACGAUGCGGCGGGUGCGUUGGAGGUGCUGAAUUUUGAUCCAUCCCAGCACAACCACAAAUCCUUGCGCAAUUUAUUAGUCCUGUCGCUGACCAAACUGGAUCGGUUGGAAGACGUCCUCCCGAUUUUCAGCGGGGUUACGGUGCGGGACAGUGCGUCCAAACCGACAUGGUUCGGCCUUUUCAGUGAUGUGAUUGCGGAAGUGAAGAAAGCCGUGGAAACCAAAGACAACCCGGAACUGCGGCGAAAAUUCGACGCGGCGUUUAAAAAUCUGGAAGAGAACGAUGCCAUUGAUAGUCAGACGUUAGAGACGUACCUCGUCCUGCCUAUUCAGUUCCAAAGUAGUGAAAAUUCGGAACGGCAAGGACAGGACUUCGGCGAUCGCCGGCUAAGCACGCCACGUUCCGAUGCGGCGUUACGGCAGCCGCGCUACCGCAAUGACGACCGCCCGCAGAUGGCCGACAGACGUUCUGCCGACCGCCCUGCGGGAGGUGGGGACUGGGCUGCGCGCAAAGCUGCGGAGCGCGGCCAGCGGGAGCGAUGGGGAUGGAAAGGAUAAUUUUAGAAAAUCUUUCUGAAGGGUUCUUCUUGUUGUUGUUGAAUUUUUGGGUCGAGGGAAAUUUUUUUUUGCGCAAUUGGGUGUGGAGAUCGGCGGAGGGUGUGGUGCGAAGCGGUUGUGAGCUGCUGUGAAAUCCGUCAACAGAAUGAAAAAUAUAUGAACGCGUUAGAAAUUCAUGGUGGUGAAAUGCCCAGUCUGUGGUUCCAAUUCCAGCGUCGAUGGAAUCGCCACUGACUUGUGCAGGCUGUUUGCAGUUUAUGGGUGAAAUUCAAAUAGUUUUGGCCAACUUUUGGGUCGUUUUUAU